GAACCUGCUGGACAUGGACACCUUCUCCAAAUCUGACCCAGUGGUGGUCCUCUUCAUGCAGGGCUCAGGGAGCAGUGAGGGGAAGGAGUUUGGGCGCACUGAGGUGAUCGACAACACCCUGAACCCCGACUUUGUCCGCAAGUUCGUCCUUGACUACUACUUUGAGGAGAAGCAAAACCUCCGCUUCGACGUCUACAACGUGGACUCCAAGAGCUGCUCCGUUUUAAAGCAGGACUUCCUGGGGCAGGCGUUUGUGGCACUGGGGGAGGUGAUUGGGUCCCAGCGAGGCCGCCUGGAGAGAGCCCUCACGGGGGUCCCAGGGAAGCGGUGCGGGACUAUCCUGCUGCUGGCCGAGGAGCUGAGCAACUGCCGGGACAUCGUCACAAUGCAGCUGUGCGCCAACAAGCUGGACAAGAAGGACUUCUUUGGAAAAUCCGACCCCUUCCUCGUCUUUUACCGCAGCAACGAGGAUGGCACCUUCACCAUCUGCCAUAAGACGGAGGUGGUGAAGAACACGCUCAACCCGGUGUGGCAGCCCUUCACCAUCCCCGUGCGCGCCCUCUGCAAUGGUGACUAUGACCG